AGUUUGAUGAGUUUAAAAAAUUAGGAUUAACACAUUAUGUUGGAGGAUAUGAAUCAACAAGUACUGGAAGAUUACAUGUACAAUUAUAUUUUCAGUUUAAGCAACGUAUGACAUAUAAAAAGGUAAAAGAGAUGUUUGAUGAUCACCCAAUGACAUUUCCUGAAAAACUUUAUGGAAAUUCUGAUGAAAAUCGUAAUUAUGUAAUGAAAAAAUAUAAUCGUUGCAAAGUACAUUCAUCAUGCAAAUGUGAUUAUCAAGAUCUUGAUCAGAUUUGUGAAUUGUGUGAUGAGACUUGUAAACAAUCUCGUACACUAUCACGUUGGAGUGAACCAUGGAUAGAAAAUUUGAAUGAAGAUGAAAAACAAAAGUUGGUUGGUGUGUGGGAAUUUGGAGAUUAUCGAUUCUUAACAGCCAAUGGUGAAGGUGACAAGGAAAUCUCAGAAUUGAAAAAAGACGAAUUUAAUGCAUUAACUGAAGCCAGUAAGGAUUUGGUAGAUGGAAUGUCUCCAAUUGAGAUAUUCAAAAAAUAUCAUAAUCGUAUAACUACAUGGACUUCAAAUUGGUUUUCUCUUAAACAAAUUGCAAUUGAAUUACAACCCAAGAUUGAAUAUGUGUCUACAUUCAAACCUGAAAAUUUUGAGAUUUCAGAGAUUAUGCAAAAGUGGGUAAAUGAAAAUUUGAAUCAAAAGCAAGAUCGAUAUCGAAGUUUGUUAGUUAUUGGUGAAGCACGAAUUGGAAAGACUAAAUGGGCAAGAUGUCAUGGAAAACAUAUAUUCUGGAGAUCUGAAAAAAAUUUGGAAAAAUGGGAUGUUGAAGCAAAGUACAUUGUUCUUGAUGAUAUCACAUGGAAUGAUGGAACUUUGAUAAACCUAAAUCAAACGUGA